GAUGGAUGUGCUGCGUAUCUCAAUGUCGUCUAGAGUCCAAUUCGCGACGACGAUCGUCAGUUGGUCCGAAAAUGUUGUAAUCCCAUUUCGGAAACGAAUUUGAUAGUCGGGAAAAACAGACCAUGUCUGAAAACAAUAAUAAAGAUAAAACAUUAUCCUCGUAUGAGGCAGAAUUGUAUUUAUUGAUCGCUAAAUUCCUUAAGACUGGACCAUGUAAGAAAAGUGCCGAGAUCCUUAGACAUGAAAUCGAGCAACAUGAGUUGAUGCCGAAACGUUUAGAUUGGUUAGGAAAUGAACAUAGAAGAAGUUAUGAAGAUAUAGAUGAAAGUUGUCCUCAUAUAGCAAAUGACUAUUUACUUAAAAUUUGUGCUAGAAUUGGACCCAUACUAGAUAAAGAAGUUACAUCUAAUAUAACUGGUGUGAAGUCAUUACUUAGUGCUGGAUAUCAGUCACUUCUUAGAUCAAAAGAAGAAUUAUUAAGACCAAAAUUUACUUCAGCAAGUCUUAUUGUUCGUCGUCAUGGAUAUCCACCAUUUCCCUCAAAAGAAGUUUUACAUAAUUAUCCUCCUAAUAUUACUCAAGUACUUGUGGCUAGAGAAAUUAGUGGUCCAUCCAGUCGAAUGCAUUCCUUUCCAUAUCGGCUUUAUUCAAGGAAACAAAUGUAUCGUCGUCUUUUGGGUCAUCUUUCAUCUGUUUAUUGUGUAUUAUUUGAUCGUAGUGGAAAGUAUAUCAUUACGGGAGCUGAUGAUCUUCUAGUCAAAAUUUGGAGUGCUUCAGAUGGUCGCCUACUAGCUACAUUACGAGGGCAUUCGGCAGAAAUUACAGAUAUGGCAGUUAAUUAUGAAAAUACAUUAUUGGCAGCAGGCAGUUGCAAUAAACUUAUUAGAGUUUGGUGCCUUCGUACUAUUGCUCCUUUGGCUGUAUUAGUUGGUCACACAGGAAUGGUUACAUCAUUACAGUUUUGUCCAUAUCCAAAAGGAGAACAGCGUUACCUCAUAUCUACAGGAAAUGAUGGCUGUGUAUGUUUUUGGCAAUGGAAUAUUAAAACAAAUGAAUUUAAUCCAAAACCAUUAAAAUUUACAGAUCGCAAUCGAGCUGGAGCGCAGAUGAUAUGUUCUUCAUUCAGUUCAGGGGGAAUAUUCCUUGCUACAGGUAGUACUGAUCAUCAUGUACGGGUCUAUAAUAUUUUAGGGAACAAUGGACCAGAAAAAAUUUUAGAAAUGGAAUCUCAUUCUGAUCGUGUAGAUAGUUUGCAAUUUAGUAAUAUUGGAUGCCGAUUUAUCAGUGGUAGUAAAGAUGGAACUGCUCUUAUUUGGAGAUAUGAACGUCAGCAUUGGCAUACUAUUACUUUGAGGAUGACAACCAAAUUGGAAGGAAAACCUACAGAUGAAAUUGAUGAUAAUAAACAGAAAUUACGGGUAACAAUGGUUGGAUGGAAUACUGAUGACUCUGUUGUAAUUACUGCUGUAAAUGAUUCUUCUUUGAAAGUUUGGGAUUCUUAUACUGGGAAAUUGAAGCAUGUGUUAAUUGCUCACGAGGAUGAAGUAUUUGUUUUAGAACCUCAUCCUACUGAUCCUCGUGUCCUCUUAAGUGGGGGACACGAUGGAAGAAUUGUGCUUUGGGAUUUAACACUUGGAACAGUUAUAAAAAGUUUCUUUAAUGUUAUUGAAGGUCAAGGGCAUGGUGCUGUAUUUGAUUGUAAAUUUUCUCCUGAUGGAUUUAUAUUUGCAUCAACUGAUUCUCAUGGUCAUCUUAGUAUUUUUGGAUAUGGUUCCAAUGAUAAUUAUAAAAAAGUUCCAGAUGAACAGUUUUUUCAUACCGAUUAUCGUCCAUUAAUUAGAGAUGCUAAUCAUCAUGUAUUAGACGAACAGACACAAUGUGCACCUCAUUUGAUGCCUCCUCCCUUUCUGGUGGAUAUUGAUGGAAAUCCUUAUCCACCUAAUUUGCAGAGAUUGGUUCCUGGAAGAGAAAAUUGCAAUGAUAGUCAGUUAAUACCAUAUAUUGCUGUUUCUGCUAAUGGCGAAGCAGAAAUAUUAGAACCUGUGAGACAAGUCGAAGUAGUCGAUCCACAUCGUCCAACUAUUGAUGAUAUGAUUGAACGAUUGCAACAUGAACAAGCAGCUGCAGGUUCUGCCGAAGCAGGAGAAAGAAGUGGUCAAGAGCCUUUUUCUCCUCGUAGCCGAUCUGCUCAACAAGGACAUCGAUUAGUAGGAAUGAGAAAUGAUGGUGAUAUAGAGGGCGUUCGUCAAUCUAGUGGAAAUUGGCAGUCUCGAGGAAACAGUAGUGAAAUGCCAACGUGGACAAAACGGGUCGUUGUAAAACCAUUAUCAUCCGCAAUGAUGGCGUAUCAGUAUCAUCGUAGGACAGUACUUUCAGAUGCAGAAUUAGCACAUUAUUUAAGAGAGAAGAAAAGAAGACCUAUUACUGUAGUGAAAGAGAAUCAUUCUAAUGAAACAGAAAAUAGAAUAGAAAGAAGAAAGCAAAGAAUGAAUAAACAGCAGUCAUCAUUGCAAACACGUGCAACAAGAGAAAAUAGGAGAAAUGCAGUUUAUGGUGAUCGAUAUGAGAAUCCAGUUGCGAUCCACAUUAGUACCAGUAACACUUCAGAUACUGAUAUCAAUUGUGAUCCCUGGGAAGAUAGUUCAAGGGAUAGUGAAAGUGGUUCUGGAGAGGAUUCUGAUUGGACUGCUGAUGCAGGACUUAAUGUCAAAUCACGUCAAACAAAUAAAACAAAAAGGGUAGCUAGAAGACAGGUAUCUAACAGUGAAGAAGAGGAUGAAGAAGAGAAUGAAGAACAUGAAGAACAAAAUGAGAAUCAUCACAGAAGAGAAAAAACUAGGAAAACCAGAAGAAAAUUAAUUCCAGGGGGAAUUAAGGAGAUUCCAAAUGAAUUCAGACCUCCUGAAUGGUUAACAGAUGUUGUACCUCAUAAAGUUCCUUAUGUUCCUCAAAUUGGAGAUGAUGAUAUUUAUUUUCGUCAGGGACAUGAAAACUACAUAGAAGCUGUAAAGAAAGCGAAAAUCUAUGAAAUCGAUACAAAGAACUUGCCUUGGAAAAAAUUGAAAUUAAGAGAACAAGAAGUUGUAAAAAUUGUAGAUAUAAAUUAUGAGAUCCGCCCACCUAGACUUUGUUGUUUAAAACUUCUCUUAGUUAACCCCUCUGAUCGAAGUGGGGGAGAUACAUUUACAAUUCGAUAUCACGAUAUGCCAGAUGUUAUUGAUUUUUUGGUGUUAAAGCAAAAUUAUGAUCAAGCAAUCCAACGUAAUUGGAAGCCAGGUGAUAGAUUUAGAUCUGUGAUAGACAAUGCAUGGUGGUUAGGGACAAUUGAAGAACAAGAACCCUUAGAUAGCUCAUUGCCUGAUUCUACAUUCCAAUGUUUUCUUGUUAUGUGGGACAAUGGAGAGACAGAGAAAAUGAGCCCCUGGGAUUUUGAACGAGUGGAUGAAAGUAGAAUGCCUUCAGUCAUGGGCGGUAGCGUUGACAUCACUCCGGAAGAACGUCUCGCAAUGAUGUAUUCUCCUAAAGAUAACGAAUGGUCUCCCAGAGGUCAAGUGGCGGAAUGUAACAGACUUAUCCGAGGACUCGAAAAAAUAAUGGAAUUGUCCUGCGCAGAGUCUUUUAUAUCGCCAGUAGAUUUAAACAAGUAUCCGAUGUAUGCGUUUGUAGUCGAAUAUCCCAUGGAUUUGAGUACUAUAAAGGCAAGAUUGGAAAACCAUUAUUACAGGAGAAUUCAAGCUGUGAAAUUUGACGUCGGAUUUAUCGAGACAAAUGCUAAGAAAUUCAAUGAACCAAGUAGUCGAAUCGUGCAAGAUGCUAGAAUAGUUUGCGAAUUGUUGCUGCAUUUUAUCGAUGCCCAAAAUUGUGAAGAUCCAAUGGAAAUAUAUCAAGAAAUGAUGGAAGCUAGACAAUUUAAUGAAUCAGAUGCCACUUCCGACAGUUAUAUUUCCGAUACAGAUGAAGAACAUAUCAAUCAGAAUAAUGACAGAAAGCGGAAAAUGAAUGUUCAUCGUGCAAACAAGAGACGACGAUUAGAAUCGUCACAAGUAUACACAUCGAGAUCUUGGAAGCAGCAGUGUACAGACUUACUAGAUGUUAUAUUUCAAUGUGAAGAUUCCACUCCAUUUAGAAAUCCUGUAGAUUUAAAUGAAUAUCCAAAUUAUCGUGAUAUAAUAGAUAACCCAACGGAUUUAGGAAAAAUUCGAGAGAAUUUAUUAGCGGAUCAUUACGAUAGUCCUGUUAAGUUUUGCAAAGAUAUGAGACUUUUAUUUCAAAAUUCUAGAAAUUAUAAUACUAAUAAGAAAUCCCGUAUUUAUUCAAUGACCAUUCGCUUAUCGGCAAUGUUCGAAGAACACAUACGAGGUAUUAUUAGCGACUGGAGAUCUGCAGUUAAAUAUGAAGAAAAAUUAAGGAACAACCAGUACGUUAGUCAUAGGAGGAGACCUUUUGCACAAGUUAGAACAGACAUAGUUCCUUCUUUAAGUUCAUCACGUGCCUUAAACCGUCCAAGUACAAGCGGUACUUCUAGUCGUUCAAGUACCUCAAACAUGUCACAGCCUUCCACUUCCUACUCCCUAAGGAAUGGAGAUAUUUCACGUCCUAGUACUAGCCGCAAUUAUACCUCAUGUACAGAAUCUAAAAAUAAAUCAAGCCAAGCCAAAACUAAUGGAACAGGUCCGAGGAAAAAAGAAAGAAUUAUUAAAAGCGACGAGGAAGAUGGAGAUAAUUCAAGGUCAUCAUCGGGAGGAGCCACGAAAAAACUUAAUACUCGGAGCAAGUAUAAGUCAGGUGUGACUAACGGAGAAAUUAAAACCAGAAAAAUAGUAACACGAUCUCAUCCAAAAAGAGUUAAACCUAUCAGGCAUUCUUCUGAAGAAGAAACAGUUCCUAGGAGACGAACAAGACAGGAUUCUAGACUAAGGGAGGAAGCGAAUCACAUGGAUAGUGAAACCGAAAUUAGCAGCAAUGUCGACAAAGAAGAUUCUGAAGAAGAGCUUAGACCACAAAGGACUCGUCUCAGGAGAAGAUGUAGAAUUGUCAAUUCUGUACGUAAACCGGAACCGGAAAUUGUUCUGCGACCCAGAAGGACAAGAUUGAGAGCAGUGAUAAGUGAACCAAGUGAGGAAAGUGAAUCAGAAGAAAAAACUAGUUCAAAUAGUUCGGAAGAGAAAGAUAACAGAGUAGACGAAAGUGAAAAUGAUAGUUCUAAUGACAAUAGCAAACAGAAUACUAGUAGUGAUGAUGAUAGUUCUGACAGCAACACUGAACAAACGUCUAACCUUAGUGAAGAAGAAAACGAUGAUGAGGAAGAUGAGGAGGAGGACGACGACGAUGCACCGGUUCGCCGAUCAUCACGUACGGCCACACGCAACUGCACACGAGCUACAAGGAGUGCCUUACACACUCGUCACGCCGAUGCACCUAGUCGAUUAUCUUCUAGAAUGCAGACGAGAAGCCGAGGACAAAGGACAGUCAGAUAUCGCGAGGAAAGUGAUGGGGAGCCAGAAUCCGAUAACACGAUCGGUUCGGAAGCCAGGGAAGUACUCUCGGUGAGUAGCAGAGGUAGGAGAAGAAAACUGACGCGCCACGUUCGAGCCUUGUUCUACGAUUGAUAAUAUUUAGUGUGAUAUAACCGAUGGAAUGUCAUUGUCAAUAUCAUUUGCUCAUAGAUCUCUACCUAACAUACUGUAUUUAAGUGCGUUGCGGCUUCCUUUUUUAUAUCCGUAACAUCUUGUACAAUCAUCGGAAGGAAGAGAUCGGCACACAUCAGGGAUUCUUUGUGACAAUGUUUUUGUCACUAGAAAAGUUACAAUUAAUUCCUUAAAGAUGUUGUGUUAACAUAUAAUCAUCAUUCCAUUCAUAUUAAUUUCUGAAAAAUCUCAUUUUCUGUGAUAUAUGAUGUUUUUUCUUUUAUUUUCCAAGUAGAUCAGUAAAACGGACUACUUACUCAAAAUGCCAUUGAUCAAUUUCUCGGUUGAGACUUAAAGACAUGGCACAUGUUACGUUACGUUACCACUACCAUAAAUAAUUUAGCCACAAAAUUCAAAAGGAGGUUAUCAGACGAUAAAAUUUGAUUUUUCUAGAAAUUUUUUUUCUAAUCAUCAAUGUAAUAUAUUGUUAAUCAUCUAUAAAUUAAAUCAAGUGCUUUUUUCCCUCCCUUUAAGUAUUAUGCAAUCUUUAAGAAAUUGCUGAUUAUUAUCUUUGUGCAUCUCCCUUUCUUUCCCCCAUUGUUAAUAAUAUCGAUUAUCUGAUAUGAAGGAUAAAAGUGCUAUUAAAAAGUCAUAUUUAACUAUUAUAUCUUUAAGAAUAUCUUACUGCCAUUAAACACUUCAAGAUAAAUGUUUAAAUUAUUAAUGUUUUUGAAGUAUCUCAAAUUUUUAAUUGCCGACGAGAGAGCAGUUGUACAUCUAAAGUAAAAAAAAAAAAAAACGCCCACAACACGGUUGAAAGUUAAUGCCGUCGUACACACGUGGAUAAUUAAUUAGCCGUUAACAGAUUUCCCGUAUCUCUUUAAUUUUCCAUGGUCCAACAAAGUUUCAGAUCAUCAUUACCGCUAUAAAUAAUUAUUUAAUUCUUAUAAAAGCUAGUCAUUUGCAUGUAAGAGUAUUUAAUAUUUUGUAAUGUAUUAUUAUUAAGUGAUGACAAUGGAUUGGGCAAAUUAAAUUUUUAAUUUGCCCAAUAGACAUGGUGAGUCAAGUAGUAAGGUUUAAAAUUGGUUUCUAGAUUUGUAAACUAUAAAUUAUAAAAAAGUUAAUUUUUUCGGUUAAAUUUGGUUUUUUUGUUUUUUUUUACAAAUGUCGCAGUGAAUCAUGUGUAAAAAUUAACUUACAUUAAAAAUAAAGUAAAACUACUGUACUUAAAAGAAGUCAAAAGUUUGGAUUUUUAAUUGGUAAAACUUUCGACACUAAUUGUAAAAAAAAAAAAAGAUCUCGUCUACCAAUUUAA